CCGAAAAUAUACUACAUGAAUGCAUCCAGACUCAGAAAAAAAAAGAUUAAGAAUAUAUUUGAGUAUUUGUUGACUCCCGCUACAGUUGGCAAUCGUGACUCUCUUCCUAGCCACCCUCAGCAGAGACCUCCUGUCAAAAUGGUGAGGCUAACAUACCGCAGGCGGCUCUCCUACAACACCGCCAGUAACAGGAGGAAAAUUGUCAAGACCCCUGGAGGCCGUCUGGUGUACCACUACAAGAAGAAGCCCGGCAAGGCUCCAGCAUGUGGCAACUGCAAGAGGCGUCUGCCUGGUAUUGUGGUAGCCCGUCCUCACAAGCUGCACCGACUGUCGAAGCGUGUCAAGAGGGUCACCCGGGCAUAUGGCGGCAACCUUUGCCACAAGUGUGUCCGUGAGAGAGUGGUGAGGGCCUUCUUGAUCGAGGAACAGAAGAUUGUAGUCAAGGUUCUCAAGGCCCAAAAAGCUGCAGCAAAGGCAAAGUAAAGGUUUAAUAAAGAAAAAAAUACGUUA